CAGUCAGCCCUCCCAAGAGGUGCAAUGCUCCUUGGGACAAUUUUGUCAUCUGACAAGACCAAUAUCUCUAUGAUGACCGGUGACAGAGUCACACAUCCCCUCCUCAUCAGCCUCACCAAUAUACACAUGUCUACACAACUUAAAUCAUCAUCUAAUGCCUUUGUUCUCACUGCCAACCUCCCUGUGCUGAAG